CCAACAGCUUCAAAAUUCACGCCCCUUAUAUAAGUGGCUUCAGCUUUGCCAUCUCCUCCUUCUUUAUUAGAUUUAUGUGCGUGUGUGCGCGGGUGAUUUUUCUCUUAUCUAUAUUUCCUUCUUAGUUUUGCUUUCUCUCUAAUAUUUGAAAUACUCGUGAAUUCAUAGACAAGGGAGAGGAAGCAAAAGUGAAAAAAGAUCAAUGCCAAGUAGUAGAGAUGUUGGAACAGAGGAAGCAAAAGUUCCAUUGUUGGAAGACUCGGCUUCAAUCGAGCCGAUUAAAGAAGAACAAAGAAGGGAAUGGAAAGAAGAUGAAGCUCUUUCAACGAGAGUGUGGAAUGAAUCAAAGAAUCUGUGGCAAAUAGUUGGACCAGGAAUCUUUAGUCGGGUUUCCACCUACUCCAUGUUUGUCAUCAGCCAAGCUUUUGCUGGCCAUCUUGGAGAUCUUGAACUCGCUGCUAUGUCCAUUGCUUCCAAUGUCAUACUCGGUUUCGAUAUUGGUCUUAUGUUGGGGAUGGCAAGCGCUUUGGAGACGCUAUGUGGCCAAGCCUUUGGUGCCAAAAAGUACUACAUGUUGGGUGUAUACAUGCAGCGUUCAUGGAUUGUUCUCAUCCUUUGCGCUGUUGUGCUUUUGCCGAUAUUAAUCUUAGCCACUCCGAUCCUAAAGCUUCUGGGACAGCCUUCAGAUGUAGCAGAACUAUCAGGGCAAGUUGCCCUGUAUUUUAUACCGCUUCACUUCUGCUUCGCGGUUCAGUUUCCGAUUCAGAGAUUCUUGCAGAGUCAGGUGAAGAACAGAGUGAUUGCUUGGACAGCACUGCUAGUGCUGGUGGUGCAUGUGUUUUUGAGUUGGUUGUUUGUUUAUAAGCUCAAAUAUGGACUGCUUGCCACUAUCCUUAUUUUGAACUUUUCAUGGUGGUUGUUGGUGGUUACUCUUUUGGUUUACAUAUUCUGUGGUGGGUGUCCCUUGACUUGGACUGGAUUCUCAAUGGAAGCUUUUUCAGGUCUCUGGGAUUUUCUCAAACUCUCUGCUGCUUCUGGGGUCAUGCUCUGCUUAGAGAAUUGGUAUUACAGAAUAUUGAUAGUAAUGACUGGCAAUCUAGAGAAUGCAAAGAUUGAAGUGGAUGCUUUGUCCAUUUGUAUGAGCAUCAAUGGUUGGGAGAUGAUGAUUCCUCUGGGGUUUUUUGCUGGAACCGGAGUGAGAGUCGCAAAUGAGCUUGGAGCAGGAAAUGGGAGAGGAGCGAAAUUUGCUGUAAUAGUUUCAGUAACAACAUCCAUUAUAAUUGGGCUAUUCUUUUGGCUACUGAUUAUGAUAUUCCAUAAUGAGCUUGCCUUGAUAUUUUCAACAAGCAAACCUGUUUUGAAAGAAGUAAGCAAAUUGGCUAUUCUCUUAGCCUUCACAGUUUUGCUUAACAGUGUUCAACCUAUUCUUUCUGGAGUGGCUGUCGGAUCUGGAUGGCAAUCUUAUGUGGCGUACAUAAAUUUGGGUUGCUAUUAUUUAAUUAGAUUACCGCUUGGCUAUUUUAUGGGUUGGAGCUUUCACACAGGAGUCAAGGGAAUUUGGGCUGGCAUGAUAUUUGGUGGGACAGCAGUUCAGACGGUGAUAUUGGCCAUUAUAACCAUGAGAUGUGAAUGGGAAAAAGAGGCAGAGAAAGCAAAUGUACGUGUGAGAAAGUGGUCAACAAGGAUGCAAGAACACUGAUAUUCUGUUUAUUUUACAUUUUUCUUUAUUGUGAUUUGGUUUGAGUCAGGUGGUGAUCCAUUAUUUGGCUUUACGUGUUUCCAUUUGUAGAUGAGUUCGUUUGUACAUCAUUUCUCAUAAUAAUAUAAAAAAACAGUUUGUCA